CGAAAGGGUUGCCAACCUGUCCUUUUUUUCUAUCGAGCGUCGGCGUCUGUGUGCGUGUCUGUGUCUGUGUGCAAUGACUCUCGAGCAUCUAGUACCCAGGUACAGGUAGUAAGCUCGACUUAGCGGCGUCUGGGACUUCCCAGGUUGUUUCAUCCUCAUGGCUCGCCCUCGUCUAGCGUACGGCGAUACUUUGUGAUGACAAGACUGACAAACACAACGCGUUCCCGCCACCAAUAAGCCGACAACCACAGCCGAUCCUAUUCUUGGGCCAGUACAGUAAUACACAAUUGCCUAGAUGCUGGCUUGGUAGUCUGAGCUGUUCUUAAUUGCUUCCCCCCUUCGUCCAGCAUUCGCUACGUUGUCUUUAAUUAGACGGGCCGCCGCCCAGUAGUACCUGUGUCCACAUCACCCUUUGCUCUCUCGGUGUCUCGUACAACCAGACAUCACAAGCAAGACUUCACCAUGGGCUCAGAGACAGCGCCCGUGUCUGCGACACUGCGGAAAAGGGUGUUGAAAGUAUUAUUCAUUUCCCUGCUGCUUGACUUGAUAUCAUUCACAUUCAUCCUCCCGCUGUUUCCCAAACUAAUCGAAUUCUAUCGUAACCAUGAAACCGGCGACCCCGACACAAUCCUUUCCAAAAUCCUCGCCGGUCUCAAUGCAUACAAGAACUCGUUCGCGAAGCCCAUCAACUCCCGCUAUGACAUUGUCCUCCUCGGCGGCGCACUCGGCUCGCUCUUUUCCCUCUGCCAGGCAAUCGCAUCGCCCUUUAUUGGCACGCUCUCGGACAAAUAUGGAAGGCGUACUGCACUGCUAUGGUCCAUGGUCGGAAACAUCUUCAGCGUGGCGUUGUGGGUUGCAGCCACCGACUUCCGGACUUUCCUUGCGAGCAGGAUCGUGGGUGGACUGAGCGAGGGCAACGUGCAGCUUGCCAUGGCGAUUGCUACAGAUAUCAGCGAUGACAGCCAGAGAGGGUCAACAAUGGCGCUUGUGGGCGUCUGCUUCAGCAUCGCUUUCACGUUUGGACCCGCUCUGGGUGCAUAUCUCUCGACGCUGCAGAUCAUGGACAAGAACCCCUUUGCCAUGGCAGCGGGCUUCUCCCUGUUUCUCAUUGUCUCGGAGACAAUUUACCUAUACAUCAGCCUUCCGGAGACGCUUCCUUCGGCAAACAAGAGUGAGAAUGGGAUGGCAAAUGGAAAACUCAAGGAUGCGGACAAGCCGAAGCCUCGUAUCCGGACGAACUCGCACUUUCUUCUCAACGCCACGCAUUUUACCUUUAUCCUGUUCUUCAGCGGCAUGGAGUUCUCGCUUCCCUUUAUGACUUACGACCUGUUUGCCUAUCAAGCAAAGGAUUCGGGGCGGCUACUCGGGUUCAUUGGAUUGGUUGCAUCGCUGCUCCAGGGGUCAGUGGUGCGUCGCAUGCACCCACUUAAGGUGGUUCAGAUGGGAGUCGUCAGCUGUACCAUAGCCUUUGUUAUGCUGGGCAGAGUGCAGACUCAGGGUGCACUCUAUGGGGCAGCAGCCCUUUUGGCCGUGACGAGCGCGACGGUUGUGACUGGCUUGAACAGUCUGUCGUCUUUCGAAGCUGGUGCGGGUGAACGUGGAAACAAGCUGGGAAACCAUCGAAGUUUUGGCCAAAUUGGACGUUCUCUAGGACCCUUGGUCUUCUGCACGCUAUACUGGUGGGCAGGCCGAGAAACAGCGUACGCGACCGGAGCUGCGGGUAUGGUGGCUGUAUGUGGAUUGGUGUUUGGAGGGCUGAAGGUACCGCCCGGGACAGAAAACAUUGGCAAGAAGAAGCAGAAGACACAUCUGUCCGCCUACUACUUAAACAACAAGCACGCCCCAUCGUGUAACAAAGCGGCGGUCAGGAACAUGGACCCUACAACCACUGCUGCAGCCCUGGCUGCAGCUUCAGCUCUUGCAGCAUACGUCAAUGCAAAGUAUCACGUUGCACAGGACAUCAAUACGUUGAAGUUCAAGAGAAACUCGACAAAGUACUAUGAACAGCUUGUGAAAACAAACCGCCAAUCCCCAUGGUACACAUUUCCCCCGCAAGUAGAAAGAUACGGCGACAACUUGUGCAUCUGGUCCCGCGCCAAAUCCUACACAUGGCGACAAGUCCACGACCGCGCCGUGCAGUGGGCGAACUUCUUCCUUGCCCAGGGCGUGAAACCUGGCGAUAUGGUUGCCACCUACCUCAUGAAUAGUGCCGAUUUCAUGGUCAUCUGGCUCGGUCUCUUCUGUAUCGGCUGUGCUCCAGCCCAUUUGAACUACAACCUGAAAGACGAGGGACUAGUGCACUGCUUGAAAAUCGCUGGAGUAAAGCUUGUGCUUAUUGAUGAAGACGAAGGUUGUUCGGAGAGAUUCGAAAAUGUCAGAGCCACAGUGGAAGACAUGGGCAUCCGUGCGUUCAAGGUGGAUGAGAACAUGUUGGCAGAAGUUUAUCAGGGAAGCACUGCGGUACCAGGCGAUGAAUUCAGGGAAAAUGUGCGUGGGAGGGACCCCACAUGUUUGCUCUAUACCUCCGGAACAACCGGGCUACCAAAAGCAGGCAAGUACAUGGUCAGCCGGUUUCACGAGAGGGGAGAUCCAGACGAUCUUUCCUUCGGCCAGAAGGCUGGACCAGACGGCGACCGGUGGUAUUGCUGCAUGCCUCUGUUUCACGGAACAGGAGGAAUGCUCACUCUGAGUGCAAUCACGAGUGGCUUGAGCGUGGCCAUAGGACGCAAGUUCUCCGUCCGCACAUUCUGGGACGAUAUCCACGACUCGCAGGCUACAAUGUUUGUCUACGUUGGUGAAACAGCGCGUUAUCUACUAAUGGCGCCACCACACCCAAGAGAGAGGGAUCAUCGAUUACGGGGCAUGUAUGGCAACGGCAUGCGCCCAGAUGUCUGGCGUCGGUUUAAAGAGCGCUUCAACGUCCCAGAAGUCAUGGAAUUCUUCAACUCGACUGAAGGCGUGCUGGGUCUGGUCGUCCACAACAAGGGCCCGUUUACGGACAACGCUCUUGCUCAACACGGUGCCCUUGUCAGAGCAGCACUGCACAACAUCUACAUACCCGUAGCUGUUGAACCGGAAACUGGAGAACUGCUACGCGACCCCAAGACUGGCUUUGUCAAGCGUAAUUCGUACAAUGAAGGUGGCGAGAUUCUAGUUGCUGUACCCAGUGAGGACACAUUUGCUGGUUACCAUAAUAAUCCGAAAGCGACGGCGAAGAAGUUUGAAAGAGACGUAUUCAAGAAAGGGGACUUGUACUAUCGAUCUGGCGAUGCGCUAAGAAGAGAUGACGAUGGGAGAUGGUUCUUCAUGGAUAGGCUGGGCGACACAUUCCGUUGGAAGAGCGAAAACGUAUCGACGGCCGAAAUUGCCGAAGUGCUAGGAAAGUUCCCUGGCGUUGAUGAAGCUAUCGUAUACGGUACACUGGUUCCCGGGCAUGACGGUCGUGCUGGCUGUGUAGCUCUUCGAUUAUCCCCUGGUACUAGCCCCGAGGCAUUCGACUGGAAGGCACUACUAGAAUACGCACGAGGCAAGUUGCCAAGAUACGCAGUACCCGUAUUCCUGCGAUUGGUCAAAGAAGCAAGUAAUACGGAUAAUCAGAAGCAGAACAAGGCACCGUUGAGGAAUGAGGGUAUCGAGAUCGACAAGUACGGAAGUAAGGUUGUCGGGGGUGCCGAUGAUGUUGUCAUGUGGAUGAAGCCUGGCGAGGAUAGAUAUGUGAAAUUUACACUGGAAGAUUUGGAGGCGCUGAGAAGUGGUAAGAUUCUAUUGUAGGUAGUAGAAGGUCAAGAUAUAUACUAUAAUUGCCGGAUAUACAUCCAUAGUACCGCUAAACUAGUCUGCAUGCAUGGCAUCAUGCGUGAUUUCAAUGAUACUCUUUGUGACGCU